CCUGAGGGAGACAGUGUGUUAGGCCAGUCAUACUGCCUUAAUGGCGGCUGUGCUGGCUUCGUGCGGGCUUAGAGCGGCUCUGAGGCGCCAUCUGACUGGCGGCGUCCGGCCCCGGAUCGUCCUCCGCCCUCUGUCCUCGGCCCGGGCCGAGGCCGGACCCCGGGCCAUGGACCACGGCUACGAGUCCCUGAAGGUGACCCCCGUCGGGGGACACGUCCUCCACGUCGAGCUGAACCGGCCGGACAAGAGGAACGCCAUGAACAAAGCCUUCUGGAGGGAGAUGGUGGAGUGCUUUAACAAGAUCUCCCGGGACUCCGAGUGCCGGGCGGUAGUGGUGUCCGGAGCAGGCAAAAUGUUCACUUCAGGGAUUGACCUGACGGACAUGGCCGGAGAAUUUCUGCAGCAACAGCAGGAUGACACGGCCCGAGUCAGCUGGACCCUGAGGGAUGCCAUCACCCGCUACCAGGAGACCUUCACUGUGCUGGAAAAGUGCCCCAAGCCCGUCAUUGCUGCCAUCCACGGGGGCUGCAUCGGAGGAGGAGUGGACCUGAUCUCGGCCUGUGACAUCCGCUACUGCGCGCAGGAUGCCUGGUUCCAAGUGAAGGAGGUGGACAUCGGGCUGGCGGCCGACGUGGGGACGCUCCAACGCCUUCCCCGCAUCAUCGGGAGCCAGAGCCUGGUGAACGAACUGGCCUUCACCGCCCGCAAGAUGAUGGCCGACGAAGCCCUGAGCUGUGGCCUGGUCAGCCGCGUCUUCCAGACCAAGGAGACGCUGAUGUCCGGGGCCUUGGCCCUGGCAGCCGAGAUCGCCUGCAAGAGCCCGCUGGCCGUGCAGGGAACCAAGAUCAACCUGGUAUAUUCCCGGGACCACUCGGUGGCUGAGGGGCUCAAUUUCAUGGCGUCCUGGAACAUGAGCAUGCUGCAGACCGAUGACAUCAUGAAGUCCGUCCAGGCCCUGAUGGAGAAGAAGGAGCUUAAGACCGUCAAGUUUUCCAAACUCUAAAAGACUCUUUGAUGCCCUCUCCUCGCCACCCCCCCCUGCCCCAAACCCUAAGUGCCUUGUCUCCAGCCAGGAGACUCCCCCCUUCUCCCGACCCAUUCCCCCUCCCUGUCCUGGAGAAGGGCAGGUCAAAGAUGACAGUGACCUGGGCUUUCUUUAUCCAUCUAAAAUAAAAGAAACUAUAGACAGGAUGAA